AUGCCGACUACCCGAAGUGGUGCGACAUCCGGAGUUCCUUCUCCUCCAUCGACUGGAGCUGCUGCUCCUAUGCUGGUCACGGAGGAUUAUGCGGUAAUCGGAGCUGCUGCUCCUUCCACUGAGCCUUUACCGCCUUUACCUGGCGCUCUCACUGCGCCCUUGGAUGACUCCCUUUCCAGGAUGGAGGAUGCUGAGAUUGUUCACGCACGGGAUGCCAAGGCCCUACGGAUGCUGCUUCGAUAG